GUGGCGAGGCGGGGCGGGGGCUGCCGGCUGCGCUGGGGCCGGCGCGGCUGCCCUGCGUACGGGCGCGCCAUGGACUUCAACAUGAAGAAGCUGGCGUCGGACGCGGGCAUCUUCUUCACCCGGGCGGUGCAGUUCACAGAGGAGAAAUUCGGCCAAGCGGAGAAGACGGAGCUUGAUGCUCACUUUGAAAACCUCCUGGCUCGGGCAGACAGCACCAAGAACUGGACAGAGCGGAUCCUGAGGCAGACGGAGGUCCUGCUGCAGCCCAACCCCAGUGCUCGUGUGGAAGAGUUCCUCUAUGAGAAGCUGGACAGAAAGGUGCCCUCGAGGGUCACCAAUGGGGAGCUGCUGGCUCAGUACAUGGCGGAAGCGGCCAGCGAGCUGGGGCCCGGCACCCCCUAUGGAAAGACACUCAUCAAGGUGUCAGAAGCUGAAAAGCGCCUGGGAGCCGCCGAGCGGGAUUUCAUUCACACCGCCUCCCUCAGCUUCCUCACGCCCUUGCGCAACUUCCUGGAAGGGGACUGGAAAACAAUUUCGAAAGAGAGGCGGCUGCUGCAGAACCGACGUCUUGACCUGGACGCCUGCAAAGCACGGCUGAAGAAGGCCAAGGCAGCAGAAGCCAAAGCCACGUGUGAGGGAGAUACGGUGCCUGACUUUCAGGAGACUAGACCUCGUAAUUACAUUCUCUCGGCCAGCGCCUCCGCGCUUUGGAAUGAUGAAGUAGACAAGGCUGAGCAAGAGCUUCGAGUGGCCCAGACAGAGUUUGACCGGCAGGCAGAAGUGACUCGUCUCCUGCUGGAGGGCAUCAGCAGCACCCAUGUGAACCACCUCCGCUGCCUCCAUGAGUUUGUCAAGUCUCAGACAACCUACUAUGCACAAUGCUACCGCCACAUGCUGGAUCUGCAGAAACAACUAGGCAGGUGUGGCUGGACCCAGGUCUCUGAGGCCCCCUAUCUCCUAGACCCACUCCCAGGGCACCAUAUUUCCAGGCACCUUUGUGGGCACUACAGAACCUGCCUCCCAGCCCCUGAGCAGCACCUCACCCACCACCACUGCAGCCACCAUGCCUGUGGCACCCACAGGGGCUGGCUUGGCCACUCCAGAAGAGGCAGCACUCUGCCUAGAGGAGGUGGCUCCCCCAGCCAGUGGGACCCGCAAGGCCCGAGUGCUCUACGACUACGAGGCAGCUGACAGCAGUGAGCUGGCCCUGCUGGCUGACGAGCUCAUCACUGUCUACAGCCUGCCUGGCAUGGACCCUGACUGGCUCAUUGGGGAGAGAGGCAACAAGAAGGGCAAGGUCCCUGUUACCUACUUGGAACUUCUCAGCUAAGCAGCCCCUUCCAGGCCCGCCAUUUACCUUGUCUGCUGGUGACAAAGCUGUUUAGGAUAGGGGACCUAACCCUGUUCUGACUGUGGCCCUGUCAUCCAGCUAGGAAGGACCCUAAACAACAGAAUGUCUCCAGGCCCCUCUGCUAGCCCUGCUUCUGACCUGCAUCCCUGCACACUCCAGGCUUCCCAGCUCCCUUAAGGCAGGAGGAUACUACACUUGGUACCAUGAUGUGCAGGGAAUGCUCUCGGCGUGAGAAGAACACCUGCCUUCUAGCUGUGGAAGGCUGAGGGGAAAGCAGCGAACAGGCAGGGCUAACAGUCAAGGACUGGACAGUCUGGUAGGAGACCAGAAGGUCGGCCAGAGCAGCAGCGCCGAGGGCUGCCCUCCCUCUUCCCCCACAGCUCUGGCUGGGUGCAGUUUCUAACUGGCGUUCUGUCUGCUUGCUCUCUGGCAAAUAAAUCCUUUGUGUGCAAGUU